AAUAAAAGGAAUGGAGGAAGAUUAUGAUGAUAUAGAAAUUGAAAAAGAAAUAGAACUUGAAUUAAGCAAAAUCAGCUUUUCUUCCUCUGAAGCAGAUGAUCCUGAUGGUGAUUUUUCAGCAGAAGCUUCAAGUGACAAUGAACUAAUUUCAGAUGAACUGCCAGAAUCAGUCCUCCAUUACUUAAAUUUUGUGAGAAGCAGAAGUCAAAAUGCAGAAAGGCUUAUCUUGCAAGAUUUGGAAAAUGAUGAAAUGUCAAGUGAUACCUACAGUGUUGUUCCUAAUAAUGCUUCAGAAUGCUUGGCACAGUUGGCUUCUGAAUAUAAUGAAGAUCCAGAAGAAUUAAAAAAGAGGGUGUUAUCUGAAAUAGAACAUGAGGAGCAACAGAUGAAUGAGGCUUCUGACAAUACCGCUGAGCCCAACAAUGAUGGAAGCAUUCUUUCCAAUGAAGUUGCUGAUGGAUGUUCUUUGGCAGAUGUUGAUGACACCAUCAUUAGCUUUUCUUUUCGAGAAGUUGAGGAACGAUGCAAGCGAGAAUAUGAGGUUUGGGUGGAAAAGCAAAAAGAACUUGAACAUGAAAGAAUACAGCAGAUGAAAGCCAAGAGGAAUAUGGAAGAAACGCAAAGUCAGGAGGAGGAGAAAAGGAGACAAUUACGUCAGGAGGAACUGGAGGCUGAACGGAUGAAGUUAGAAAUGUUCAAUGCGCAACAGCAGGCUAUGAUGGAAAAGGAACAGCUGAAAGAGGAGGAGGCUUGGAAAGAACAACUGAGACACCACAAGGAAUUGAUUAACAACUUACAGUUACAGAUAGAAGAAGAAAAAAGGGCCUUUGAAGAACAGCAAGCAAUGGAAAGACAACAAUGGAAAGAACAGCAGAAUAUGGCAGCUGUAAAAAUCCAAGCUACAUUUAGAGCAUUUACAGUAUACAAAAAAUAUGCUCCUGUCUUGCAACAAUGGAGAGCGGAACUAAAAAUGAAAAGAGAAUUGCAAGAAACAAUGGAAAGGGAAAUGAAAGAAAAGCAGGAAAGGUGGAAUAAGAGGACUCUAGAGAAGAAGGAACAAGAGGAGAAAGAAAGAAAGAGGCGAGAAGAAAAAGAGAGGGAAGAACAUGUAGAAAAGAUGAAGAGGCAUGUAGAAUAUGAAAAGAAGAAAGAAAUUAUGAGGCUUCAACGAGAACAACUAAUGUUGGAAGUACUGAAAAGGGAAGAAAAAGGUGAAGUGAGAUUUGUGAUAGGAAAGAAAAUGGAUUCUGAAAAUAUGGAUAACGAAAUACAGCUGGACAAGAAGGAAUACGAAAUAGAAAAAGAUACAACUGAAAACAUAAAAAGGGCUAUAAGGCCUCAAAAUACAGAUAUGGCUUUAGAAAUAGGAAGUAAGGAAGAAGAAAUCAAAAACAUGAAAGAACAAGAGGAAGAUAAUGAAGAAAAAAUAAAAUUAAUUGGGGGAAAGGAACAGAAUAAACAAACUAUGGAAAUAAGGGUUGAGGGCGAGAAACAAGAUGGAAAACAUGGAAUGAUCCAUGAGAAUGUGUGGUAUGACAAUGGAGGAAGCUUAGAUGGAAAACUGAAAUCUGGAAAGGAAGACCAUCUUAAUGAGAUAAAUAAUGAAAAAUCAAUAGAGAAUGAUGUAGAAGACCAUUGUUUGGCAACUGUAGAAUUUCAAAGAAAUAAUAACACAAAUGCUGUUAAUACUGAAACUAUUACAGUGGUUAAUCGAGAAAGCUGCAUGCAUAGCAAUUACAUUGGCAUUGACGUUAAGCUAGAUUCUAGAGACUCUGAACAGAUAGAUGGAUCUUAUGCAUCUGAAAAUAUUAAAAUGGAGCUAGCUCUAAAAGAAAUUCAUGAGGAAGUUGCUAAUCGUUGGGCCAAACGUGAGAACUCAGUCAAUUGUUUUGAGCAACCAUCCUUACUUUCAGAUUCUAUUGAAGAGAAGAGAUUACUGUGGAUGAAAACAUGUAAACCCUGGUCUAGAGUUUAUCGGGAACAUCAGAGGAAGAAAGUGAUUGAAAGUAGCAGACCACGGAAAUGCUCAGCUGGCCUGAUGCCUCCACUGAGUGCUGCCAUGAUACUCCAGGCUGGCCCUUGGAAUGCUCUAGAACAGGUGACCACUGUUACCUUUCAAGAUUUGCCUGGCUGCAGCCUCUCCACAUUGUCACAGUGUUCAAGGCUUCAGUUCUUAAGUCUUAGACGUUGUGGAUUACUUGCGUUGGAAGGACUCAGCAACUGCAAAAAUCUAAAGUAUAUAGAUGUAGAGGAGAAUAAUAUUCAGGUGAUUAAUUGUGAGAAUCUAGAAAAUCUCUGUGUUCUGAUUUUGAACAAAAAUAAUAUUUCAUCACUUCAUGGUUUAUUUGGCUGCACUAAUCUCUGGAAUCUUGAACUUUCCUACAAUAAAAUCACUCGAAUUGGUGGCUUGGAGUCAUUGAAAAACCUCCAGCGAUUAGUUAUGAGUUACAAUCAAUUGAUCAGCACCAAAGGGCUUUCUGAUACUCCCACUAUAGUGUAUAUAGAUUGUUCCUUUAAUCAUCUUACUCACAUUGAAGGCAUUGAAAAUUGUGGCCUGCUACAAAUUCUGAAGUUACAGGGGAAUAACCUCAAUGAGUUCCCCAGCCUAGAAAAUCAUGUUUUGCUAAGAGAAUUAUACUUGGAAGACAAUAGCAUCUCAACACUGGAAAAACUUCACAUGUAUUGGCUGCCUUUACUACAGAUACUUUUUCUCUCACAAAACAGUUUGACACAGCUUGCACCUCUUUUUUCUUAUGUGUCUUUGGAAAAGCUAGAUAUCAGCAACAACUGCUUAUUGGAUCUUAAGAGCAUCAUUCAGUGGCUUAGUGGUUGUGAUAAUCUGAAAGAAAUGUCCCUACAUGGAAAUCCACUUCUUCAAGAAGAGAACUGGAGGUGCUCCUUGCUAAAAAUUCUGCCUAGUUUGAAAAUACUUAAUGACGAAAACAUAAACUCUGAUGCAGAAAUCCCUGGUGAAAGGAUUAAAAAUAAAACAGAACCAGGAAAUUUUGCAGCAUUUUGUCAAGCGCAGAUUCAAGAAAUUGACUUAGUCAGCAAAGAAGGUACAACUAGGUUAAUAGAUGAAUUCUCUGCAGAAGCUGUACAGCUGCAGUGUUGGUAUUUUCAGAAGCUGAUGAAACUUAGUAGUGAGCACCGUUAUGCACAUGAGUAUGGAGUUCUAAACACUACUGAAGGAGAGGAACCAGAAAAACAGGCAAAUCAUUUGAACCGAGAAGGCAUUAACAUUAUAGAGAAAAAUAACUUCUUUAUCACUGGUGUAAAAGAAAAUAAGCAGGUCGCUGUGAAUACGCCUGAAAGAUGGAUUACUUCUGGCCACACUCAGACUAUGUCUGUUAACUCCUUCAUGUCAGUGCCUGCAAUGGGAAAGAAUCAAGAAUACAGGCAAAAGAAGAAGACUUGUCAAUGUUCCCUUAACCACAGUGGACAAAGAAAAGAUAACAACAAAUUAAUCAGUCCUAAGAGAAACAAAUUCAGCAAGCAUAUCAUGGCAAGUAAUGGAGGAAAUUACCCUCAACAUUUUGACAGUUUGCAAAAUUUGGCAGCCACAGUAAUCCAAUCACACUGGCGAAGCUAUAGAGUUCGUAAAGAGAUCAAUUUAUUUACAAAGCUACAUCUGGCAGCAACUAUUAUCCAGUGUUUUUGGCGGAGCUACCGUGUCAGAAAAAAGGUAGUCAGCUACAGGGAAGAUGGUGAUCAUUCCAUGGACAAGCAAAAAGCUGCUAUUAUACUUCAGGCACUUUGGAAAGGUUUCCGUUUGCGAAAGAAACUAGCCAGUGCUCUUGCAGCUGUUAAAACUGAUGAAGUUGAGGAUGACUAUAGAGAAGUAAAUGUGGAUGACUUUAUGUUUGAUGAAGCUGUCAUAGAGAACAAAUGGCCAGCUUUGGAUUCCACCCGCUUCCUUUCACAAACACCACUAUUCUCAAACCGAUUGCCCUCGCCAAAGUAUAAUGAACCUGCAAGAUGUGAAGACAACUCACAUGAUUUAAAGAAGCCGCCACAUAAAACCUCGCAGCUUAAGGAAAGGCCAAAAUCAUUCUUGUUGGGAAACAGCCAGAUUAGUAACAGGUCAGAGAAGAGUGCUCUUUCACGGCUCUCCAACAUGCAACUCCCCCAAAAGGCACCACUAAGAUUAGAAAAAGAAGAAAAAAUUUCAGAAGAAUGGGGUUUUAAAGAUAUUUCUACUGCACAGCUCAUGCUAAAGAGAGCACAUAAAAUGAAAGCAAAGAAAUCUAAUGCUAAAACGUUUGACCCAGCUGUGCGCCUGGCGUUGUUCAAAAACAAUGAAAAUAAACAUCCCCCUAUGAAAGCACCAAAGAAGGCACAGACUGAAAAAAAUGGUUUCUUUGAAGACAAAGAAGAAUUUUCUCACAUAGAUAUGUCUGCAGAGAAGAUGGAAAGAAACAAAGAACGUACAUACCAAUGGCUUCAUACACAGGUUUGGGAUUAUGAAGGAGCUAGUCCCAAAAAUGAAAAAUGCAAGCGUUUCUUACCUGAUAUAGACCCAGAAGUUCUUAAGGGAGGAAGAGUUCAGCUUGUGACAAGCCCUGUAAGGAGAGAAGACACGGAUUUAGAGCUUGUUUCCAUGACCAGUGGAAGUACUUUGACUCAGAACAGGGGGGGAAAUAAUCAGCCACACAGACGCUCUCCAGGAUCUUCAAAAAAGGAUGCACCUGCACCUGAGAGAUCACAUUUGGGCCCCUCACAUAAAGAACGGAUAUCAUUUCGAGACCAUCCGGUUCAGCUCAGCGGUGGAUGGGGAAGUGGCAAAAAGAAAGCAAAACCUUUGAAAUAGUAGUUGGAAAUUCAGCAUUUAAAACAUAUGGAGAGCUGUUUCUUUUCAGCCAGCCUGUGAAUUGCCAUCAUUUUCAGAUUCCACAGAUGCAAAGUUCCUAAGCAUCAUCAUGUAUGCUGUAUUUUAUUUUGUUCUGCAUGAU